CGAAUCUUCAAGUUCAAUUCCAGCUCUGAAAAUAAAGGCAUAAAAGAGAGGGUUUGGGUCUCUCUCGCCGUCCAGCCACGGCAGCUUCCUCCACCGUCCCCCUGCCAGAACGACGACGAGAGCGAAGGCGUAAACCGGAGGAGCUCAGCGAGGGCCAUCCAUCCCAGGCUCAACGAGGCUACUACAACGGCAACUACAGGGGAUAGCGAGUAAUGGAGCAUGGAGGUAACAAUGAGGCCAUGGCCCCGCUGUGGAAGAUCAUCGCCGUGGCGUCCAUCGCGGCCGGCGUCCAGUUCGGUUGGGCCCUGCAGCUCUCCCUGCUGACCCCAUACGUGCAGCAGCUCGGCGUCCCGCACGUGUGGGCAUCCUUCAUCUGGCUCUGCGGCCCCAUCUCCGGCCUCCUCGUCCAGCCCAUCGUGGGCUACUUCAGCGACCGCACCAAGAACCGCUUGGGUCGCCGCCGCCCCUUCAUCAUCGUGGGCGCCUUGUUCGUUGCCGUCGCAGUCUUCCUCAUUGGCUUCGCAGCCGACCUCGGCCACAUGGCUGGUGACCGCCUCGACCAGAAAAUGAAGCCCCGUGCCGUGGCCAUCUUCGUGGUCGGGUUCUGGAUCCUGGACGUGGCCAACAACAUGCUCCAGGGCCCCUGCCGCGCCCUCCUGGCCGACCUCUCCGCCAACGACCACAAGCGCAUGCGCGUGGCCAACGCCUUCUUCUCCUUCUUCAUGGCCGUCGGGAACGUCCUCGGCUACGCAGCGGGCUCCAUCUCCAACAUCUACAAGUUCCUGCCCUUCACCGCCACGAUCGCCUGCGACGUCUACUGCGCCAACCUCAAGACCUGCUUCCUCAUCGACAUCGUCUUCCUCGCGGUGGUGACCAUCAGCGUGGUCGUGUCGGUCAAGGAGGUCCAACAACCGUCGCAGAUGGAGCUGGCCAAGGGCGAGCCCCAGCCCAUGACGCCAUUCGGCAACGAGGUGACCUCGGCUUUCAAGAACCUGUCCAAGCCAAUGUGGCUGCUCUACUUAGUGACUGCCCUCAACUGGGUGGCGUGGUUCCCGUUCAUUCUCUACGACACCGACUGGAUGGGCCUCGAGGUGUACGGCGGCAAGGUGCAGGGGACGACCGCGGAGAAGCGGCUGUACAACCUCGGUGUUCACGCUGGCUCCUUGGGUUUGAUGCUUAACUCCGUGGUCCUCGGUUUCGCCUCCCUAGUCGUUGAGCCCGUGGGUAAGAUGGUGGGCGGCGUCAAGAGGUGGUGGGCGAUUGUCAACUUCAUCCUGGCUAUCGGCUUGGCCUGCACCAUCCCCGUGACGAAGAUGGCCAAGGCGUACCGGGCAGCCCACGGCCUGGUCCCGCCCCCCGCCAACAUCAAGGGCGGCGCUCUCAGCAUCUUCUCCGUCCUCGGUAUCCCACUCUCGGUCACGUACAGUAUUCCAUUUGCUUUGGCAUCAAUCUACUCAUCCAGUGCUGGCGCUGGCCAAGGGCUUUCUUUGGGUGUUCUCAAUAUGGCCAUCGUCAUCCCGCAGAUGAUUGUGUCCGUGGUAAGUGGGAGGCUCGACGAGGCGUUCGGAGGAGGGAACUUGCCGGCAUUCGUCAUGGGCGCAAUUGCAGCAGUCGUGAGCGGCCUCAUGGCUCUGUUCGUGCUCCCGAACCCACCCUCACAGGAUUCCAUGCUCGCCCUCGUGGCCGGUGGUGGACACUGAUCGGAAAAGCCGGAGCAUCUUGACGUGCCUCUCGAGCACAGAGUUUGUUUGUUCUAGCCCACUGAAAAUUGUUAUUUGAGUUUGGCGACGACGUCAAACUCUCUGAAAGAUAAAAAAAUCAAAAGGAUCUCGUCAUCCUGUUUUGUCCAAAUAUCCUCUUGGGAGAUCCACGUCAUCCCUGUG